AUGGGGGGCACUGUAGCAUGUGACGGGAGGAGGUUUUUUGGGUUCGUGUUUUGGCCGCCGCCAACUCCUCCUUCCUCCUCAUGCUUCUCGCCGGCGCCGGAGACGACGCCAUCGCCGGCCACCACACCUCCUCUCCUCCUCUCCCUGCUUACACGCGCCGUCACCUUCUCCUCUCCCCCUCUUCUCCUCACGUCGCCACCGCCGGAAAGUCCGGUGCUCCUCUACGUCUUUCACGCCGCUGCCACCCGGAGGAGGACGCCGCCGUCAGGGAGUCUCCUCCCCUAUGAUGCUUCUCGCCGGAGACAACGUCAUCGCCGAUCGCUGCCCCCCUUCCUCUCCCCUUCUCCUCACAAAAUCAGCUACAGCCUUCCUAUACCUCUCUUCUCCCGCUGGACGUGCUGCCGCCGUCACGAACAGAGUGCUCCCGGCACGAUAAUUAGCCGCCGCCGCACCUCCUCUUCCUCUUCUCCUCCCUUUCUCCCCCUUGGGUUCAACUCCUCGCCGGAGAGACCGACCCACCUUUCUUCUUCGUCUCCUCCUCGUUGCGCCAUCACCGGGCAGACCACUGCCCUUUUCUUCCACGCCGAUAUCGCCAUCUCCCUCGUCACCUCACUUACAGCUCAUCCUCCGCCGACCACUGCUAGGAGCCACCUCACAGCUCUCCCUCUCUCCCUAGCAACCGCCAACGCAUCCAGCUCCCCACCUCGCUGUCCACGCACGACAGCCCCUUCGCGCCGGCAGCUUCUAGCGAACAGUUGCCACACACCCGCAGUCCCUACGUCGGCGGUCCAUGUGGCGACUCCGCCUCGGUUCCGAUUUGGUAUCGCUAUUGUAUGA